CUCUAAGACCCAGGCAGCCCAGCCACUUCCUUUAUGCUCAGCCCUGGGCACAAAGAGGCUUCUGCACUCACAAGUGAAGCAAGGCAGGAGGCCUGGGCUUCUCUGGGCCACUUCAGAAUCUGUCCCCAGGAAAGUUGCAGGAAUGAACACGUGAAUGAGGAAACCAAACUUGAGAGACUUCCGAGAAGCAUGGUGGGAAGGAGGAUGGCAAGAGAUGAGGAAAGCACCCAUGGCUCAGAGGAGGACAUGCGGGCCACACAGAAACCCCAGCUGAGGCUCAUCCUGGUGGGCAGGACCGGGACUGGCAAGAGUGCCACUGGCAACAGCAUCCUAGGUCAGAAGUGCUUCCUGUCCAGGCUGGGGGCAGUGCCUAUCACCAGAGCCUGUGCCUUAGCCAGCAGGAGGUGGGACCGCUGGCACGUGGAGGUGGUGGACACCCCAGACAUCUUCAGCUCUGAGGCCCUGCGAAGCGACCCCGCCUGCGUGGAGACAGCCCGCUGCUUCGUGAUGUCAGCGCCUGGGCCACAUGCUCUGCUCCUGGUCACCCAGCUGGGUCGCUUCACCUUACAGGACAGCCAGGCACUGGCUGCAGUGAAGCAGUUGUUUGGGGAACAGGUGAUGGCGUGGACCAUCGUGGUGUUCACGCGCAAGGAGGACCUGGACGGAGACUCUUUGCAGGAUUAUGUGCACUGCACGGACAACAGCGAGUUGAGGGAGCUGGUGGCUAAGUGCGGGGGCCGCGUGAUAGCCCUCAACAACCGUGCCACAGGCCAGGAGCAGGAGGCACAGGCUGAGCAGCUGCUGGUCAUGGUGGCCAGCCUGGUGAGGGAGCGCAGAGGCAUGCACUACUCCAAUGACCUGUAUGAACUGGCGCAGGCCAUGCAGGGCAGUGACCCCCAGGACCAACUCUCCAAAGUGGCAGAGAAGGUGGCUGUACGCAGGAGGAUGCUAGCUAGGCUGUGGAAAUGGCAGAAAUACUACAGAACGUUCUGGAGAAAGGGCUUGACUAUCUUCCUGGGUGUGGCCCUCCUGAUCUCCCUUUGGUUCUACAGAAAGAUCCUAUGUGGGGAGGCCACUUCCCCAGACCUCCUGUCCUCCCUCCUCUCAGGUCAGUCCUUGAAGGAGUGGCCAUGCUCCAUUUCAUCCUCCCAAGGACAAUGUGCUGAAUUGCCUCUGUGCCCCUGGAGCAGUCUCCGGAAACCUAUGAAGAGAAUGGAAGGCCUUCAGAAGAGCACAUAUGGAACUAUAGUUGAAGGUGGAGAGAAAGCCUGCUCCCUGAGGAUGCUCCUGGUGGGCAAAUCUGGCUGUGGGAAAAGCGCCACAGGGAACAGCAUCCUCUGCCGACCAGCAUUUGAGUCCAGGCUCGGAGGCCAGUCAGUGACCAGGACCAGCCAGGCAGAGACUGGCACAUGGAAGGGAAAGAGCUUCCUCGUGGUGGACACGCCCCCCAUCUUUGAGUCCAGUGCCCAGAACCAAGACAUGGACAAGGACAUUGGAGACUGCUACCUGCUGUGUGCCCCGGGACCUCAUGUGCUGCUGCUGGUCACCCAGCUGGGAUGCUUCACAGCUCAGGACAUUAUGGCUGUGAGGAGGGUGAAGGAGGUCUUUGGGGCAGGAGUCAUGAGGCACGUGAUUGUCCUCUUCACCCGCAAAGAGGACCUGGUCGAUGAGACCUUGGAUGAGUUUGUGACCCACACUGACAACCACAGCCUGCGCAGUCUGGUCCAGGAGUGUGGGAGGAGGUACUGUGCCUUCAAUAACAGGGCCUCUGGGGAGGAGCAGCAGGGGCAGCUGGCAGAGCUCAUGGCUCUGGUGAGCAGGGUGGAACAGGAGUGUGAGGGCUCCUUCUACAGCAAUGGCCUCUUCUUUUAUGCUCAGGUGUUCCUGAGAGGUGGCUACAGUGAGCAGCAGGAUCCAUAUGGCAGCUAUCUGGUCAGGGUGAGGCAGGAGGCAGAGAAGCUGAAGCAGGCCCUGAGGGAGCAGGAGGGCAGCUGGUUGGCUAACCUGCUUUGCUCACUCAAGUUCUCCUUGUGCUGCUGCAUUGCAGUGUUUGCUCUGACUGUGUUUUUCAUUAUUUACUUGUAUAGUAAAGAGCACUGAGCCUUUUCAGGUGAUUUCUGCCUCUGGCCUGGGUCUGUGUCAGAGCAGCUGAGUAGGGGCUUAUGCAUUGUUUUCAGGUGCCAAUUUCAGUGCCCUGAGAUCUGGUUCCCUCCCUCCCAUGGCCAUUGUUAUGAAUAUUCAACCAUCCCCUGUAUCCUUGUGGUAUAAGGAAUGCUCU